ACAGAGUCAAAGCGUAAGUUCAAUUAAUUUAGUUUAUGCAUACAGUUGAACCAAGAGCAAAGCCGUCUAAGUCUAAUCUAACUCUAAGACUAAGGUGGUAGUGGUAAAGUAAGUCACCUUCGCCUUCGCCCCUCAAAAGUAAAAGGCAACCUGUAGAUCCAAAUACAGCCUCAACAAUAUAACUUAUAUUAUAUUUAUAUUUCAUACAUAACAAUUUAAUAAUAAUAACUUGACUUAUUAAUUUUGAUUUUGACAGUAUAAAUAAGUAUAAUCACUAUUUUUUGUAUCUAAGCCUUUACUUUAUACUAUAAACAAAAGGCUCUGUAGACAUACAAUAAAAUAUCAUACAUAUAGCGUAUGAGUAUGCCCACUUAGUUGACUUAGCCUAAGUUAACCUACUAUUAUAUAAUAUAGGGCUACUUAAUUUAAAAUUUAUCAUCCUAUAACUUUUAUAGGAUUAGACUUAUUAUACCAGUAUAAUAUUAUACAGGUAAUAUUAAAAAUUAAAAUGAUACUAAAAGCAAAUUCAAUGUAAUGGAUUCAUUUAAAAUUAUUAUUAAGUUUAGUUUUUUAAUACCUUAAACUGCUGAUUCUAGGACUAACAUUUUGGAAAAUGUCCAUGAUUUUCAUUGAAAUUAAGGCUGCGGCUAUUCGGACUCGGGUCUGAGAAGUGAGAGUUUGGGUUUAUUAAAAAAUAUUUAAAAAUUAUUGUAGGGUUUGUAAGACAAAAUUAGUAUAAAUUAGGUAUCAAAUGAAAGAUAAUUGAAUGUACUAUAUUUUUGUAAACUUACUUCUUGAGUUUAACUAAAAUGAACUACAACAAAUGACAUUUGAAUAGCAUUUAGUCAAAAUGGACCCUGACACGCAGCACAUAUAGUCCAUAAAUUAAUUAUCUUUCAUUUGAAUUGGUACCAAAUUUUGUCUUACAACCUAACAAUAAUAUUUUUUUUUUAAAUUUUAAUCUCAACCUCUCACUUCUCAGACCCGGGUCCGAAUAGCCACUUCGUUUAAAAUGUGUUUUAGUUUAUUUUGCCUAAGCAAAGACCUCAUAAAUACUUGGUAUUUAUACAUGGCCUUUAAAACUUAAAAGAAACAUAAAUCAUAUAUGUGUAUUCAUGGAUAUUAAUAUAUUUUUAAUCAGAUUUUUUUUGUGAUUUAAGCUAAUUCAUCUUUAUUUUCCUGGAAACUUUUUUUUUUUAAAUUGAAGGAUUUAUUUAUUCCUUGCAUUUUACAGUACACAUCUGAUUAUAUUUUUUAUUUAAUACCAAUGGGAACACAACAUGACCUAUUUUGUUCUUUUUAAUUUAUUUCAGUUUGAUUCAGGUUCUCAGUGUAAUCGUAUAAGAUUACCACACAGCAGCCAUGUCAACUCCAGGAUACCCAGCAUAUUAUUAUGGAGACUCAAACACUGGAAGUGUCUCUAACCUCAGCGAGGGAGGGAUGCGCCGUUAUGCAUCAAAGUCCAGUAUUGCUGGAGGUCAAAGCUUGACUGGAUCAAGGUAAAUUGUUUAAUAUUUUUAAUUUCCUUAUACAACUAGAUAUGUUCAAUGUUUAACCCAGCAGUUAUUAGACCUCAUUAGUUUGAGGGAACCCAGUUCAAUAAACACAUAUUUGUGAUCUUUGGUUCAUGAAAAUAUGAUAUUCUUUCUUUCAGUUCUUAAAUUCAAUGCUACUUGUAUCCAACUAUCUUAGGACAUUCCGGUUUUUAAAAAUUCUGUUCUAACCCAUGUGAAAGUUUAAAAUUAAAACCAGGUGGUUUUUUUGUUUUUUGUUUAAAUAUUUUUAUGACAAGCUGUUGUAUGUUGAUUUUUUUCUCUUUCAGAUCUCUCCUCUAUGGCAGCAGGAGGAGUUUGUAUUCAACAUACACAAUGUCAGGCAUGUCCUAUAUCCUUCCUGUUGUGACCAAACAGCCUGACCCAUGGAGGCGACCUGCUGAUAACUGGCCAAUCGCAUUCAUGUCUUUGUUUGUCAACCCCAUAUUUGGAAUAUUUGCCAUUUUAUUGGCAGGUUGGUUUAUUUUAUCAAGCUGUUUUAAUUGCAGAGAUGUUUCCAGAUUCUUCUGGAUAUUUAUUUAUCAUAAAUCUGUUUAUCAAGAAUUAUUCCUAUGAAGUGAUUCAUAUUUUCAGUACCCAAGGGGGCACCCGCAGUAGGUGCCAUCUUGGGGAAUGUUCCAAAAAUCAUAAUUUUUCAUGUAAAAAUCAAGCAUUAAACUAGUAAUGUUUACACUUUUCAUCCACAGAACAAUCAAAGAUUUAUUAUGCUAAGUGCCAGUAUGUCAAAGCCUCUCAAUAUGGAUCUUAUGCCAAAGGAACAGCUGCAGGGGGACUGUACUGCACGUUUAUUGUUGUCCUGUGGAUAUUGGGUGCUGUGCUGCAUGAAAAAUUUCGCUAUAAUUAUUAAUAUUUCCUUAAGAAAUGUACAUAAAUCUCAAGAUUUUGGGGAUGAAAAUAUUAGCAGUUUUCACAAGACUUCGAAUUGAUAAUUUUUUUAAUUUCUUGUACAUAUAACCAAAAAACCUUUAGCACAUAUCACAUAUGAAUAUGAGUCACUGCAGGAGAAUGUUUCAAAUUUCCUGACAGGAAAAGCCUAUUUAAUAAUUUUUAAAAUCACUCUAUGAUGUAACAGAAUUCCCAUGCAACCCCUUGUGUGUAGUCAUAUAAACUGAUGUGUGACCACAAAGUUGGAGAGGCACUCAUAGUAAUUAUCUUAAAUUAGAUACUUAAGUGCAUCUUGUUCGCGAAUAUAUAUUUUUAACUAUUGCAACUACUCAUUCCAAGACUAUUAUUUUUAAAUUUCUUGUACAUAAAUAACGAUUUAACAUAUGUUGUUUACAUUCCAUGAUAUUGACUUUUUAGCUAAACUUCAGAGCUAAAAAAACUAAUAGUAAAAAAAAUUCAACAAAUUGUCAAUGAGAGGGGUGUAAAUGGGGUUGUAAGUUAAGUUCACUAGGGCUUAAUGUUUAUGAAAACUUCGUACAGACAUUAUCAUUCCCCACCUUCUGACCCCAGUUUUUUUAAUGGCCAGACAAGAACUCUGCAAUUUAAGUGUUAUUGUAAAGUGGAUCUGAAUCUUGUAUAUCUAAAAAGUCAUUAAAAUAUAUUUAAAAAAACUAUUUGUGGCAUUUGUUUAAAUACUCAUGAUGCUUGUCUUCUUCUUCUCUUCUUAUAUUUGAGGGCCCACGAUCAAUGUGUUGAUCAUUCUGGCUCUGGUUUAAAUUCAGAGUUUGCCUUCUCUUAGAUGAGUUGCCGUCCCUUAGAUAAGUUGCCGUCCAAGGCAUCCUGGGGUGCUUGGGAUGUUGGCUUUGGUGGGGAUUGAACUCCAGACCACCAGCUAUUUGGUUUGAGACAAUUUAGAUGGCUCGGCCACCCAGCAACAAUAUUGUUUGUUGAAAUAUGUAUUUCUUUAUAUAUUUGUCACUGCUAUAUUUUUAAACAGUUAGGAAAAGGGAAAAAGUAAAUUUAUACUUUUUGUGUACAGGCUAACAAACAUUGUUUUUCUUUAAAUUUAAAAUAUGCCAUUCUGCAAAUAUAUCCUUUCUUGAAUAAUGAAUACAUUAAACUUAUUUAUUUAUUUUUUGAAUAGGACAAUUCUAUGAAAAUUAGGUGAGUUUUACUUCAUCAAUAAUUAUGCUAAUAACAUUGUGUAAUUUUUCGAAUUUGAAAAUAUAAAAAAUAGAUUGGGAAAUAACUAACUUCCAACACAAAAAGUACAUCACUACAACCAGAAAAUUAUUGCCCAGCUUUGAAUUAUACCGUAUUUGAUACAGAAAUUUGGUAAUUUAAGGAAAAUCCAUGGCACUAUCAUUACAUGAUGGAAUAAAGGGUUUUAAAAUAUAGGCUUAUAUUCAACAGUAUUAAUACUAUUAUUGAGGAAAUAAGUGGACAGAGAAUUUGACAUAAUUUCACAUUUGCAUUUAUAUCUCUCAUGGUAUAAUCUUUUUAAAAGCAUUGUUGCUUUCAGACCCUUGUUCCCUUGAUUUCACAAAGGGAAAAAUAAAACUUUCUUAAAAUUCAUUACACAAGGAAAACAUGUGCAGAAGAGAAGUAAGGCACUUAAAUGAAGCCAAAGGAUUCCAAUUAAAUGUAGAAACCUUUCAUGUUGUUUUCUUUGCCUACUGAAUUUUAAGAAAGUUAUUUUCUACUUUAGUUAAGUGGGUCCUCUUGGAAAGGA